UUGAAAUGUGAGUGUGGUGUGUUUUUGAAAUGUAGUUUUAAGUAAAUAUAAGUAUUAUUUUCUUUACUGGAAGUUAUCACGUAAGAGCUAACAUGAGUUCCAGUAAAAACGAUGAUCCGAUAUCGGAGAAAAUUUUGAAUGUUGCUAAAAAGAACCCUAAAGGGAUUUCAGACAAAGACAUAUUAGCAGCGGUGCCUGAACUUUCUGCUGCAGAACUUGUUUCAGCAAUAAAUAAAUUGCUGCAGGAAGGAUUAUUCGAUUUAUACAAUCAAGGAGGUUCACUUAUAUAUAGGUUAAAAGGUCAGACAUCAAAACAAGCUGUAAAAGGUGCUGAUAAUGAAGAAAAAGUUGUUUACAAUUUGAUUGAAGAUGCCGGCAAUAAAGGCAUAUGGAUACGAGAUAUCAGGUUACGCUCCAAUAUCGCCAAUACACAAUUGACCAAAGUAUUGAAAAAUCUUGAGAGUAAAAAAGUUAUUAAGGCUGUUAAAUGUGUUAAUGCUUCUAAAAAGAAAGUGUAUAUGUUAUACAAUCUAGAACCUGAUAGAUCAAUAUCUGGUGGUGCAUGGUAUCAAGAUCAAGAUUUUGAGUCUGAAUUUGUUGACAUUUUGAACCGUCAAUGCCUUCGGUUUUUGCAGCAGAGAGCUGAUAAAAUUAAGAACAAUCCCAAAGGUCCAGUUGUGGGUAGGACACAAUCAUUUGCAUCAGCAGUAGAAGUUCAAAAGUAUAUAACUGACUUAGGUAUCAGUAAUGUAAAAUUAGAAGUGGAAGAUGUUAUAACAAUUCUGAAUACCUUAGUGUAUGAUGGGAAAGCAGAGAGCAGUGUACUACCCGAUGGGACCAAAGUGUACAGAGCUAUUGAAUCACUUAUCCCUCCACCCGGACUCGUGCAAGUGCCCUGUGGAGUCUGUCCACUAAUACUAAAGUGUUGCUCUACUGGCCUCAUAACACCACAGGAGUGUAAAUAUAUGGAUGACUGGCUUGAAAAUUAAAGUUAUAAAAAUGA